AUGGCUUCCUUUUCAACCUUUCUGGUGUUACUUCUUGCUGCCCUAAUCCUCAGUCCUCAAGGUUUUGCUAGUUAUGACAAACCAAUCAAGAAGCCUCCCAUUUACAAGCCUCCCAUUGUAAAGCCUCCCAUUGUAAAACCUCCCAUCAUUUACAAGCCUCCAAUUGUAAAGCCUCCCAUCAUUUACAAGCCUCCAAUUGUAAAGCCUCCCAUCAUUUACAAGCCUCCCAUUGUUAAGCCUCCCAUCAUUUACAAGCCUAAGCCUCCCAUCAUUUACAAGCCUAAGCCACCCAUCAUUUACAAGCCUAAGCCUCCCAUCAUUUACAAGCCUAAGCCUCCCAUCAUUUACAAGCCUAAGCCUCCCAUCAUUUACAAGCCUCCAAUUAUUAAGCCACCCAUCAUUUACAAGCCAAAACCACCUUUCUACAAGCCACCAUACAAGAAGCCACCCUGCAAGAAGAAACCUCCUUAUGGAAAGUACCCUCCAGUGGAGGACAACAACCAUGCCUAG